AUGCACAUGUUCGGAGGCAUUUUACUUCUGCUUCAGCACUUUUCCGCUCUUAUAUCAAUAACGCUGCCUCAACCUACGCUUGGUGUUCAGCUGAAAGUCACUCACUCUGCGCCAAUUACGGAUGCAAUCGAUCGAAAGAACUUACGCGUUCUCUAUCGAUUUCAUGGCCCGUCGUCCAGAGAAUUUGUUUUCGUCGCUGAUACUAACCAUAUCUACCAUUUCGAUUCGAACACAUUGCAUAUCGAGGCGGUAGAGACUGUUGGCCCGAGAAACUUUUCCAUCUUUUGUUUUAAAGACGGUAACAAUUGCAUGUGUGCUGAUCUCGGACCCAGUGUGCCACCUACAGGACAUGGAACGGACUCCUGUGUACCCGGGUUGACAGACAAUUUUGUUAAGGCUUGGGCGACUUCCACUGUGCCUGAGGAGGAGGUACAACGGGUAUCUAACCCUCAUGCUCCACGCCACUUUUCCCCCGUUACCAUUGUCAACGAUGACCGAAUCGCCUGUGAGGAUGCCUUGUACUUGUGUUAUAGUCUUUUCAAUGGAUUCUGUGAGCGUCGGAGGUUAACUGAUUUGAGGGAGCCUGCCCCAUGGAUGUUCAAAAGCUCCUUAUAUAAAGAGGAACACAUCGACCCCGAGGAUAUUCCUGUCACAGGCAACGAUCCCAGUACGUUUACUGUGUUAGUCGUGGGAUCUAAGUAUGUUUAUGUCGGAACCGAAUCCAGCGAACUGCAAGAAUACACCCUGAUCAAACCACAUCCCUUAUCUGCUCGGUUUCGCAAUUUUCAAUAUGCGAAAUCCCACCAAGAACCAAAUAGUUACCUACGUCUCACUGUUCCGCAGACGUUUCGCAUCCAGUACCAGUUAGCCUUUCGCUAUCGCACACAUGAUCUUGAUAGCGAAAUUCCAUUACCAAAGCCUGCUCACAUUUACUUUGUUCUCCAACAACCUGCAACCCCGCAGUUCUAUCGAUGGCAACCCAGAAUAGCUAGAGUUUGUGACGAUGACAGUCAAUUCGAUUCAUAUGUUGAGUUAACUCUAUCGUGUCAAGAAUGUACUUUUCCAAACAACGAAGCUGUGACGUUCACCUCGCUACGGAAGGCUGCUCGUGGUUCCGUGGGCUGGUUACUCCAGAUGAAAUUGAAAGAAAAGUCAGCUAAAGAGCACCACAAGGUUGUUUCGAAAGAUCCGGGUGACUUUUCAGAGGUAUUGAUUGUUGCAUUUGGCGCCCAACAUGCUGAUCCUAUAUGGUACCAUGCUUCUGUAGCGGAGUCAGAAGGAUCACCACGGAACCCCUACCUCGGUUAUGAACGAGAUGAUGAUGAGUUUCGUGGAUCAUUGGUCGUCCUUUUCAAUGGUUCUGCACUUUCACUCUUUUCAAUGGGACAGAUUGAUUUUCACUUUCACCGAGUAAUCACCAACUGCCGCAAUGGGCAGGGGGUUACUGGACCUGCGCAUUUUCUCACCAGCCGUGAGCGUAAAAACAAUCAUUGCAUUCCAGAUCACAGUUCUACGGACGGCCAUUUUUACUGUCCUUUACGUCGGACAACAAACCGAUUAAUUACGGGUCACACAUACGAGGAUGCUGUAGAAUCACCCGCAUUCCUGCAUUUGCCCUACAAUAUCACUGGCUUGGCGGUUACUUCCGUUUCUGAUCUGUUUACGGUCGUAAUUAUGACAACCGACGAUGGUCGAUUACUUAAGCAUGAAAUUAUCGAACUCAACGAAACACGUCAGUUGGAUGAACUGCAACUGACAUCAACUAACCAACCUCUCACAGAUUUGGCGCUUGACCUAACGGGAACCGUAGCGUUUGUCACCACACCUGGACAACUUAUUCGGGUCGAAUUGUCCAACUGUGCCUCCCAUUCUACCUGUGCAUCGUGCAUCACAGCUCGUGAUCCCUACUGCGGCUGGUGCGUGAUCGAAGGUCGUUGCUCACUUAAGCAGGAGUGUCAGUCUGCAGGAUUUCUGCGAGCCGACAGACCAUCGCGCUCGUCACAUUAUGAAUACUGUGUGCCGGAUGCGGAACCCGAGCCCUUUGAUGAUGCGCCAUUCACAUGGCUUUCUUAUACAAGGACGGUGGAUGAAUGCCCGUUACUGGAAAAUAUCAAUCCUACAGGAGUCCAGGAACUUACUGCCUCCAUAUCCGAUUAUAUGAAAUACGCAGACCACACGUCCAUCGUGCUGAAUGCAGAAGGUUUACUAACCAAAGAACUUCAUUUGAUCAUGAAGUUAUCCACAAGCCACAAAGGCGAUCGCUGGAUUGAAUCGAAUGCUGUCAAGCGUGGACAGCUGAGAUGUGCAUUCAGACAACUACCAAAUGCCACAGUGUACUCCGAAGAUGUCCUAAGGGGGGCUGCGAAUGACGCUACAUUGAUCAAACUACUCAAAAGUCUCCAUCCUGGUCCACUUCUUGCCAUUAGCCCUGCACAAGUAGACGCUAGGAUGGAUGCCAUAAGAAUACAUUGCGACGUCCCACCUCACUCCGAAAUGCCCCUCAUUCCUCCAACCCAAGUAUCUCUUCCCAUCAUCCUUUGGUUGGAAUGGUCCCCGCCGCCAGGGAAACUUGGAACCGGCGUUUCUGCGCUGGCCCCCGCGCUGUUCAGCGUAUACGAUUGUGGUCGUCUGACUGACUGCCGCUCCUGCACUCUCAGCCGCUUUAAUUGUACUUGGUGCCUCAUGGAUGACCGAUGUGUUCCAGCUCACUUCGCCUCCACUCCAUCUGGCUGUCCAAAAGUCAAAUUUGUCCCUCCGAAUAUAAUGCAGCAGCGCUCUAAAACAAACGCUGUGUUUUCAGGUCAGAGUGAACAUUGUCCCAGCUUCCAGGUAGAUGGUGAACCGACCACUUUGAUGAGUGGUUCAACUCUGGUGGUGAGGCUGACCGUCUUCAACGUUCCACAACCACUACGACAUUUUUCGUGCUUAGAAGGCUGUACCAAUCAACGAGCAAUUGCUGCCUACAGCCCUUCCGAUUCGACAGUCCUCUGUCGUAUUGACAAAAUCGACCUGGGUAGCAACUUACACUCCCUUCAGAGCAACAAGGAAAUGCUAAUUGUGUCUGAAACUUCUGCCGCGGUCAACUGCAGCCUGGAUCUGUACUGGCACGAUGACGGUGUUCACAGCGAAGACGGACAUAGACUUGUGAAUAUAAACAACUUUCAAGUUGAAGUGUACGAUUGUGGAUGGCUCGUGGAGUAUUGUGACGUCUGUCUACGCCUGCCGGCGCGGUUCGGGUGCGGCUGGUGCAUUCUUUCUGAGACGCCCGAUGUGUCGCAACCAAACACAGGAAUGUGUACCACACGCUCUCAGUGUGCAGCCUCAUCGCAUGGUGAGGAAGCGGUGGAGGUAAACUCAAGGACUUGGCUUCUAUCCCACGCUAUCUGCCCGGACCCACAGAUACUCUCGCUUACUCCUCUCAACGGCACGCUGACCGGGCAAGCUGUGCUGACAGUGAGUGGCAGAAAUUUGGGGAGAAACGUCACGGAUCUCGUGGGCCGCGUCUACUUAGAAAGCGUACAUCUGAUCCCGUGCAUCGUGUUGACCGAAACUUACCAGCCAUCACGAUCGUUUCGAUGUCGGCUUUCCCCCGCUAAGUACCUCAGUUUACCUGUCAGUGGUCGUCUCAAGGUCGCCAUUGGUGAGCGUGCAUAUCAGGCUUUCUCUCCGAUUUUUCAAUUCUUGAACCCAUACUUGAUGAAAAUUGCUCCGGAACGAGGUCCAAUGGCUGGGGGCACUAUCUUGCGUCUUACAGGCUCCAAUUUGAACAUCGGCUCACAACGAUCUGUGCUUCUCCUGUCGACUUCCACUUUGGUCGCAAAUUUCUCCAUUCCAUGCGAUAUCCAAAGUGAAUUGCAACACAUGAUCACAUGUCGCACACGUGCCUUCCCACCCGACAUAUUUCACUCGAUGACCUCUCAGCAGCACCCAAUGCGUCGGAAACGUUCACCCGCUGCGGAUGACACUGAGCCAGCUUCGUACCCAUCAUCUUCCCAGUCCAGUCGAAUGACCAUGACUGUGGUACUUAUGAAUGACCUCACCGCGACGAAACCCGCUCUACCUUUCACGUUUUUCUACUCUGCCAAUCCUCGCAUAACUGCAGUGAGGAGGAGAAAUGUGUUAGCGAGCGGCGGUACACUUAUUCGCGUGAGCGGUGAACAUCUUUACGCAACUGAAUCACCGCGUGUUGUGAUCUACUUCAACUCUUCCGUAUUCAGCGCUCCAUGUUCCUACCAUACUGGGGAACUGGAAUGCCUCAGUCCAGCCAUGAUCGACAACUUCAGUGAACAAGUACAGACUUUCCAAUCUGUUCCAUUACUAGCAACAAGCACCACGCUCAAUCCAUCAUCGGGUCAUUUUGAGGUGAUCAAGCUUGACACCCUAACAUAUUUCCUGGAACACGUUGAUUUGAAACUCAGGGAACUUGUGCGAUCUUCUCUGUUGAAACACAUACCAGUUUGGCCCAUGGACCUCGCUUUCGGCUUUAUUAUGGAUGGGGUCACAACUACUAGAGCUCAAGGGACACUUAUGGUUCACUCUGACCCAACUGUGGAUCACUUUGUCGGUGGUUUGCGAGAGGAGGAGUUAGAUUCUUUUACUCCAGGCGUCCAAAAUAGAUCACCUGAACCGGUUGUUGAGAUCUUCACGGAUUCAUACACUGUGACCACUGCUCAUAAUAAAAAUAUGUCAUUUGAUGAUAAUGAACCAUUCAUGCCUCCUUCGGUUCGCGCUCGGCAACUUUUACGACUUUUCGGCCAGUUUGAUUCGUUGGUUGCAGCCCCCGAGUUGGCCGCUCCUGAUGAGCUUUCUAUUCAAUUGGGCGACUCAUUAGCUUGUGAAAUUAGCUCAGUGAUCACUACAGAGAUCCGAUGCGACUUGGACCUGGCUUCGUUGAAACCUGGGUUGAAUUACCCCGUGAUUGUUCAGUUUGGUCGCUCACUGGUGUUCCGACCGGGCGUCAUCCGCUUCAUAGUACCUAGUCAAGUUGCCCUGAGGAAUCAGCUGAUCCUGAUCGUCACCAUUAUGGUUUUGUUCAUGAUAGUGGUUGGGAUCAUUGCCUUCAUGAUUUGGCGUCGUUUCGACCAGCGUCAGCGUGACUAUCAGGCGAGGUUGGACAAAAAAUGCGCCGAACAUGAAAGUCGCGUUGUGCGGAUAUUCAAAGAAGAUUUCAUGGAAUUACAGACCAAAAUGCAGGAGUUUUCGCAAGGCCUAAAGAAACACAGUUUGCCUUAUCGGGAUUAUCGAACAUUCUGUUUGUUCUCACUGUUCCCUGAGUAUCACUGUGAGGUUAUGGCACCAAUCGAUCCCCAUUCCUGUGUUAACACAACCGACGCAACCCCGUUCCUUCAAAUUCAUCCUCUCUUAUCCCCAUUCACCGUCCCGGUCGAAUCUCUUGACUUUGCUUCGAAAGGCAUUUCUCUUUUUCACGCCCUCCUUUGCAACAGGGACUUUCUUUGUCUGUUGGUGCGCGUACUUGAGGAAGACGAGCGCACCACUGCGCAAGAUCGGUCCCGUGUGGCUUCAUUGUUGUGUGCCGCUUUGCAGCCAAAGAUGGAUUACCUCACUCGUAUAAUGUGUGAUUUAAUGAGCGAAAUGCUAAACCGACUUCAUAGUCAAGGGGAAAAUCGACUGCCAACUGCGUUUAGACGGGCCGAAACUGUCGUGGACAAGAUCAUUUCCAACUGGCUCUCCUGCUUGCUCUACACUUUCAUCAAAAAGAGUAUCGGCGAAACGCUAUUUUAUUUCUACCGGGCUCUGCUGCAGCAGAUUAAUAUGGGUCCACGCGAUGCAGUCACUGGCAAAGCUCGCUAUACACUUGACUACUCCACUUUACUGCAGACUGAACUAACAGGUUUACCGGUGACCUUGAUUGUGGAGGACCCGCAAAAUUUGUUCAAUUUACCCUCGCAUCCAACUGUGGUCAAAGUACUGGAUUGCGAUACCAUUUCACAGACAAAGGAGAAAAUUCUGGAUGAAAUUUACAAAAACAUACCAUAUUCCUUGCAGCUGAAGUCCAUACAGCUGGAUCUAAUAAACGUUACUCAGUGCUCCACAAACGCGAGUGCUCCUACAUUCUUGACUUCGACGUACGGCUCCAUGAUGUCUGACUGGGAUCCAUCAGUGCGCAGAGAAUUAUCUCCACAUGGCUCGGAAAAGCCGCCGUUCCCUUUGAACUGCAUCAGUGAUUAUGGAUUGACCGACAACACUCGCGUCGCUCUUGUGCGUUGCCACCGCCCAAUGUGCAAAUUGACAACAGCUUCUCCGACCUCAACUAGUUCCAUGCAUCCCACUACGCUCGGCUGCAAAAACUCCUCAUUCUCUCAAAGUGUGCUCUCGAAGGACGGCAUAUUCGAAACUACCUCUUGUCCCGGGCGGUCCAAACUUGUUGAGAGCAAUUCCACAACCCACGAGCUCGAACCGUUUGGUCCAAGCUGUGGAGACACAAACCACCUGCAGUCAAUAUGCUCUCCUAUUGGACCAACCCAUCACUCGGCAUUGGACACUUCCAGUCUUGGUAAUCCGUUCAGUUGUAUGCGUCCCACUGGUUCUCCCAAUGCUAGUCUGUGGUAUCACCUUGAGUUGAUCAUCAGUGGUAGCCGCACGCCUAGCUCCCAUUCCGAUCGUGCCUUUUCGCCCCGAGGAUCCUUUUUCCUUGCAUCUUUAGGCCUUAAAUCCAGAUGCACUCAAUUGCGUGGUUCGGAUGCCCAUUGUUGCUCUUGCAUUUGUCCCACAAAAAUUGACCGAAAAUGCAGAAAUGUUCCCAAGUGGCCCUUUUCUCACCUCAACCAUGAACCGAGCUCCGAGCUAUCCAGAUCGAAUGCAGUGGCAGAUCCCCAUAGCAGUUCUAUCCAUCAUCCUCUCCUCCAUCCCUCCACUUUGUCCGCGCGUAUUGUGCACAAAUCCCGUGUAUCCGAUGGAGAAGUUGCUUUCAUCCCACACAUUUCUCGACGAAGUUUAAAACGCGGUAAAGCGGAGCGUCCCAUCUCCAUUCGAAGUGUAUCAAGUGAACGAAGGAUCAGGCGAACGGCAGUCGGACCUGAUCGUCUUGUAGAGGAUUUGCCGAAAGAGGUCUUCUUCAAUCGACUCAUGGUCACAAGGCUUUCAGUCGCGAAUUACAUGGAUAAAUUGUUUGAACUGAUAUUCAGCUGCGUGACGCAAUCGCAAAGUCUACCGUCGCCCAUCAAGUAUCUGUUUGACUUCUUGGAUAACCAGGCUCUGCGUUUGGGUGUACAGGAUCCCAAAACCGUCCACGCAUGGAAGUCGAAUUGCUUGCAGAUGCGCUUUUGGAAUCAAAUCAUCACCAAUCUCGACUACAUAUUCGACAUACCCCUUCCUCGGCACACCGCUUUUGAACGUUCUUUCCAUGCACUCAGUCAGGCAAUGACCUACGCAUGCGCACCUACUCGGGAAAAACUCACUCCUGAUUCGUCCUUGGUGAAACUGUUGUUUGCGCGCGAUAUUUCGAAACAAUGGACUCGCGUGAACAACUACUAUCGAGAAAUCAAAGCCAUGCCGGCCAUCGAGCGAGAGGACAUGCAAAAAAUACUGGAUCAACAUUCGUUCAACCACGCGAAUGAUUUCAACGUAUCGUGGGCUGUCUAUGAGUUAUACACAAAAUACGUGAGGCCGUGCUUUCCCUCGCUCGUCUCACAACUCCAUCAAGAAUCACUCAAGGCCGUUUACCAGUGCAAAGGACAGCAGACGCCUAGUUCAAAAACUGCUCCGCUUUCCAACCAUUGUAUCAUGGCGGAUGAUUUUGAAUGCUCUGAGUAUAGUCAGAUGCAGCUUGUUCAGAUGUUGACCGAAGUGGAGCAGUGCAUGGAAAGCGCUCAGACUGCUGCCUUUCUUGCCCGUAGCACUAAACCCGCGCCUCGCCAACCCAGUGAUCCGUGUCCUCCGGUCCCGGCACGCAUCGAUCCACAGGACCUCAUUGAAGUAAAAGCUUCUGGUCCUAGGUCUGCAUUCCUGUUACCCGCAUCUUCUCGCAGUGGCGAUACUACCGAGUAUCCUGACACGCUGCAUUCGAUCAACACACUGACUACAGAAUUUGCCGGAUACGAUUCGAAUCGGCAGCAACCUCGACCUGCGCAACAUCGACGCUACCUUCACUGUUACCACGUUUAUGAGUCAGACAUAGCUGGAGCAUCUAACUCGCCACACCCCCACGCCGGACCCAUGAAUCCGUCAUCAGUGGAUCCCGUCUAA